GUAAAUUAAAGAGGGAGACCUUGUGGCACGAUCGUCUCUGAUUGUUCUUCCAUACAUUUGUUACAUACGUCCCAUGACCGAAUUCAUACAGACACGUUAACAUCUGGUCUUAAAGAGGUUUUAUGUAUUAAUAUAUUAAAUAUUUUUUAUAGUUCCAUCAUUUAAUCAUAAAUCUUAACAAUAAAUAUAUACAAAAAUGACGCCUAAAACAAAAGAAGUAACAAAAGAAAAUAUUUUAAUACCUUCUAGAGGUAUUAAUGCUAUUUUAUUAGGACCACCUGGUAGCGGAAAAGGAACACAGGCUCCUUUAUUUAAAGAAAGAUAUUGUGUUUGUCAUCUCUCUACGGGAGACAUGUUAAGAGCGGAGAUAAAUUCUGGCACUGCUCUUGGUAAAGAAGUUAAAAAGAUUGUAGACGAAGGGAAAUUAGUUAGCGAUGAUCUUGUAGUUAGUAUGAUCGAUUCUAAUUUGGAUAAGCCCGAAUGUAAGCGUGGUUUUCUUUUGGAUGGCUUUCCAAGGAGUGUUCCACAAGCUGAGAAGUUAGAUACUAUGCUAAAAAAGAGGAAAACUAAACUCGACGCUGUAGUUGAAUUUGGAAUCGAUGACAAAUUAUUGAUAAAAAGAAUCACAGGACGUUUAAUACAUACUGCGAGCGGUAGAUCGUAUCACGAAGAAUUUGCUCCGCCAAAAAAACCUAUGACGGAUGAUGAAACCGGUGAACCUUUAGUUAAAAGAUCGGAUGAUAAUGCAGAAGCUUUAACGAAACGAUUAGCCGUUUAUCAUACUCAAACGCAACCACUAGUCGAUUAUUAUGCUUUGCAAGGUAUUCACUAUUAUAUCAAUGCGGCGCAAUCAAGUGCUAAAGUUUUUGAAGAUAUUGAUCGCAUAUUCUUGAGAGCUAUCGAACAAGAUCAGAAAAAAGGUUUUUUCUAUAGAUUCUUUUCAUAGAUUACUUUAUUUCUAUACAUACACACACAACACACACAUAAACAUCAAAUGGGAACAGAUAAUAUUCCAAAUAAUAUUACGUACCUUGCAGUUAAUAAUAUACUUACUUUUAUUGCGGUAUCAAUUUAUUAUUGAUAUUAAUUUUGGGAUAAGUGGGGUUUUUUAAAUAUAUUUAUUUACUUUGUUUAGAAGUAGUUUUAGUAUUGUGAUGGUACGAAUAUUAUGUAUAUGUUGUGUAGGGUAUUAAUUAAAUAUCGAUUAAAUAAUAUCAUUAAAAAUAAUCUUGAUAGCAAUAUGUAAAGAAAAAUAUGUAAGAAUAAUAUAUCAUAGAUAAUUGAAAUAGAAUGAUACUGAUGAUGAUGACGAUAACGAUGAUAAAAUAAGGCACUAUAAAAUAUGUUACAAAAUAGGAUUUAUGAUUUUAAAGUCACAAGCACAGAUAAUGUUUUUAUCGAUAAAUAUAGUUAAGGAUACAUAAAGGUUACUAAAAAAAUGUAGUACGUAGUUAAAAAUAUUAGAAUAAAACUAAAUUUACAUGUAUAUAUUUAAGGAAGGAAAUAUCACACAGUACGAUAUAUACGUCUUAUAUUUAUGCUUUUAUUUUUUUCUUUAAUUGUAGUAUCUUUUGUAACUCGAAUUUUUAUUUAUUUACUUUAUACACACAUAGAUUAACGUUUAAGUAUAAUAUUCUUUUGAAUAUAUCGCAUUGAUAUUGAAGAUUUGUGAAAGAUACAACAGCAAUAUAUUGAGUGAUUGCAAAAGUUCGAUUUUCACGAACUUUUAGAAUCAUUUAAUAUUAUUAAAACCUAUAUAUAUGUAUAUAAUUUCAACAACAAAAAUAUGCAUAUAUUAUAUACAAAAAAA